AGGAGUGCUCAGAGGAGGAGAGACACGAGGGAGAAAGAAACCAUAAAAAGAGAAAGAGGAGAGACAGAAACAAAGAUGGACACAGGAGCAAGAGGAGAGAGCCCCAUCAUUCCCCAGGCAGCGCUAAACACCGAGCAGCAAAUCCAAUCAAUGAGAAGGCCGGUCAGGCCCAAAAACUCAUGUGUUCCGCCGGGGGCAGCCUGGGGGUGGGGCAGCUGUGCCGCAGCUUGGGGUUGAGCUCCAGCCAAGCCAAACACUUCAUGGCCCAGGAAGUGGGGAAAAGCGUGAUGCUGAGGAUGGAGGGGGAGGAGCAAAUGUUGGUGGCUCGUAGCGCCCUGCGGGUCUGCACCAAUAAGAUGUGGGAAUGCCAGGGGGACUGUGGGAAACUCCAUCUGUGCCAUUACCAUGUGUUGGAUAGCUGCACUAGAACCCCCUGCAGCUUUAGCCAUGACAUUACAAGUGGUCAGAAUCUCACAGUGCUAGAGCGGUACCAGCUCCAGGUUCUGGAUAUAGAGGAACUGCGGCGCCUUCUGCUCCAGAACGAUCCCACUUUUUUGCCUGAGAUCUGCAAGCAUUAUAAUUGUGCCAACGGGCCCUACGGAGCCUGCACCUUCCAGGCGGACUGUCAGAAGCUCCAUAUUUGCAAGUACUUUCUGGAGGGGGAGUGCAGGUAUCAGACCCGGUGCAAGAGGCCCCAUCACCUUCAGGGUCCGGAUACCUUGAGCAAACUGAAGAAAUGGGGUAUGGGCGAUCGAUGGAUCCUUAGCCUUCAGCAGAUUUACAGAAACGCCUGUGCGCUCCGAGACUUCCGGCUACCUGUUCCUAAACAAAGGCCAAUGCCUGUAGGUAGGAAAGCGGUCCCAUCUGCUGCCUGCGCUGACCAGUUCUCGAACACCCCUGACCAGUCGGAGGAGAUCUGUCUCUACUACAUAAGGAAGAACUGCAUUUUUAAAGACAAAUGCAUGAAGGAUCACUAUCACUUACCGUACAGAUGGCAGGCACUAAGGGCAAACGGCUGGGAAGACAUGGAUGACAUGGAGUCUGUUGAAGAGGCCUACUGCAAUAUCAGCAAUGGAUAUCAUCUAUUCAAGCCCUGGGCACUGGACCUGAAUUUCGAUACCAUGACCUACAAAUCCUGCAGACUGCGGCGCCUCUCCACUCCGUCUUCCACCUCCAAACCGCCCCAUUAUAUCCUCACCACCGAUUGGCUGUGGUACUGGAAGGAUGAAUUUAACAGGUGGAAUGAGUAUGGGAAACAGGGCGGCAGCACCGCGCAGGCAGUCUCUGAUAUCUGCAGCAGCAACGUGGAGAAAGCAUUUCUGUUGGAUAAAAAUGCAACAAUAAACUUCAAAGCAGGGAGCCAAACCUAUGAGCUGCGAUUAAAAGACAUGGUGCAGAAGAACUUGGAAUCCGGCACAGAAAGAAAGGUUUGUCGGAGGCCAAAAUUUGUCUCGAAGGAGGACGUGAAGAGCAAAAAAUCUGGGAAAUCUAAAUCCCCCCCAGAUACAGAACCCAUCCCCUCUCACUGGGACUCAGCUCAGACACCAGACCUGGGAUUCAAGCUGGUCACCUUGGACCCAACAUCCUCAGAACACAACAAAGUGAAGGAUUUAUUCCACAGUACCUUGCGCACGGUGUCAAUACUCAGCAUUGAGCGCAUCCAGAACCUGUCCCUGUGGGAGGUCUUCCUCUGGCAGAGAGAGCAGAUGAAGAAGCAAAAUGGGGGUAAAGAUGUGGAGGAGCGGCAGCUGUUUCACGGCACCAGCGACUCUCAUAUCGAUGCCAUCUGUCAGCAGAACUUCGACUGGCGUAUCUGUGGCGCACAUGGUACCAUGUAUGGGAAAGGCAGUUACUUUGCGCGAGAUGCUUCCUACUCACACACCUACACCAACUACAGAGUCAGUCAGUCCCGGGUUAUGUUCCUGGCCCGCGUCCUGGUUGGGGAAUUCACAGCUGGAAACCCCUCUUACCUACGGCCGCCCCCCAAGAACCCCCGACACCCUCCUUUUUACGACAGCUGCGUGAAUUCCGUGUCCUGCCCCUCCAUUUUUGUUAUUUUUGAGAAGCAUCAGAUUUACCCAGAAUAUCUCAUCAAAUACCUUUAGCCUCGCUGGCAACUAGCGCACCGACUGCCGGCUGACCUGCAAUCAAAAUGGCUGAAAGCAACACAACCCAUUGGGGCUUCUUCCGACAUUAAACACCCCGAGACGCAA